CUCCAUUGCUGAUGGCUCUAUGGGGCAUCAUCAGCCUCAGCCUUCAUUGCUGGGUGUGUUUACGAUCCGGUGCAACGGCAACGGUAGCAGCAUCCGGCCUCCCUAAUGACAAACCCGGGGGACCUCUGGACUGGCUCCUUUCGGAUAAGGGACCGUUCCACCACUCGCCAGAGUACAUUGACUUUGUGGAGAAGAACCGGCAAGGCUUCUCCACCAGAUACAAGAUAUACAGAGAGUUUGGGAGAUGGAAGGUGAACAACUUAGCGGUGGAAAGGAGAGAUUUUCUCGAGUCUCAGUUACCGCUGACGCCCGAGUUCAUCAGGAAUAUUCGACUUCUGGGUCGCAGGCCAACCACGCAGGCGAUAACCGACAAUCUGAUCAGGAAGUACGGAACACACUUCCUGUUGUCAGCUACACUUGGAGGAGAAGAGGCUUUAACAAUAUUUGUCGAUAAACGGAAGCUAAGUAAAAAGGCAGAAGUGAGCGAUUUCUCUGGCAACUCCUCCGCUGUGACUCUGGAAGCCCUGCACCAGCUGGCUGCAUCCUACUUCAUCGACAGGGAAAGCACUCUGCGCAAGCUGCACCACAUCCAGAUUGCUUCUACUGCCAUCAAGGUGACGGAGACCCGGACUGGACCUCUUGGAUGUAGUAACUAUGACAACCUUGACUCUGUUAGCUCUGUGCUUGUUCAGAGCCCUGAAAACAAAGUCCAACUACAAGGCUUGCAAGUGAUCCUCCCAGACUACUUGAGGGAAAGUUUUGUGCAGGCCGCUUUAAGCUACAUAGCCUGCAAUGGAGAAGGGGAGUUUGUCUGCAAAGACAAUGACUGCUGGUGCAGCUGUGCCCUCAAGUUCCCAGAGUGCAACUGCCCUUACAUGGACAUCCAAGCCAUGGAGGAAAGUCUGGAGCGGAUCACAGAGACGUGGGGGAUGCUUUAUAAAGAGUUUGAAGAAUCAGAUGAAUUCAAGGCCUUCUAUUCAAGGCUGCCCCAGAACUACUUUUUGAAUGUGUCAACGAUACAACACUUGUGGUCCUUGAACAGCCUGUUUCAGUGGAGAUAUGAGCAGCUGGAGAACAGUAUGAACAUCCUCUCCAAACGAGCCCAGAGAGUCAUCUUCAAGCUCUUUAGUCUCAGUAAAAGAUGUCACCGACAACCCCAAGUCCGCAUUCCGAGAGAACGGCCUCAGUCUUUCUGGCUCGGUCACUUCCAGUCUCUCCUGUACUGCUCAGAGAACAACCAACUUGGAGUAUUCUCAGAGGAGCUCCACAGCUGUAGCUGCCGAUACGAGCACAGUCCCUGUCAGCUGCCUCCACCCUGCACCAUUGGGGAAGGCUCGUCCUGCGCAACAUGUGCAUCAGACAACCCGGCCAGAUGUGGCAGCUGCAACUCGGGCUUCACUCUGACACAGGGGCUUUGCAGACCCAUGGUGGCAGACUCGACAGAGAACUACCUUGGCUUUGAAACGGACCUCCAGGAUUUGGAGCUGGGCUACUUACUCCAAAGAGCAGACCGCAGGCUAGAGGUCCACGCAAUUUUUAUCAGCAACGACAUGCGACUUAAUAGCUGGUUUGACCCAUCGUGGAGAAAAAGGAUGCUGCUGACGCUAAAGAGCAACAAGUAUAAGUCCAACAUGGUUCACAUGCUGCUUGGAAUAUCUCUCCAGAUCUGCCUUACAAAAAACAGCACCCUUGAGCCUGCGCUGACUCUCUACAUAAACCCUUUUGGAGGGAGCCACUCUGAGAGCUGGUACAUCCCUGUCGAUGAGAACAGUUUUCCAGACUGGCAAGCAACUAAGUUGAAUGUGCCCUUUGAGUGUUAUAACUGGACUUUGACGUUGGGCAACAAGUGGAAAACGUUCUUUGAAACCAUCCACAUUUAUCUUCGCAGCAGGAUAAAGACGCACGAUGGAGUGAAUGACAGUGUUUACUAUGAGCCCAUUGAAAUGACGGAUCCCGCUCAAAGUCUGGGUUACAUGAAGAUCAAUAGCAUCCAGGUCUUUGGCUACAGUAUGCACUUUGACCCAGAGGCGAUCCGCGACUUGAUUCUGCAGCUGGAUUACCCGUACACCCAGGGCUCACAAGACACGGCCAUGCUUCAACUCUUGGAACUCCGGGACCGGGUGAACCGGCUGUCCCCUCCAGGCCAACCAAAGCUGGACCUGUUUGCCUGUCUCCUCCGCCACAGACUCAAACUAACUCCUAGCGAAGUGGUUCGCAUACAUGCCUCUUUACAGGCUUUCAGCUCGCGUCUGCCCAACACAGCAGAUUAUGAGACCACCAAACUGUGCAGUUAA